GGAGAGAGAAAGAGAGAGAGAGACGUAGGGAUGGAGGGAGGGGAGGGAGGAGUCUGGAGCUCCAUCCCCUGACUGUGUCUGCUAUGUGAUGUGAGUGGCGGAGCGCGCAAGAGAGAGAGAGAGAGAGAGAGAGAGAGAGAGAAGGGAGGUGGGUGCAAGGGGGAGAGGCUGAAGAGACUGAGAAUGGACGGGCAAGCGAGAAACUGCGUGAGAGAGAGAGAGAGAGAGAAAGAGUGAGCGCGUGCAUUCCCAGAGUCCGCCGCCGAAGACACAGAAAGUCCACGCGCUCGCAUCAACAAGAGAGAGCGUGCCAGCGAGCGUCGGCCGCCGGCAACUCUGAAGAGUUUUGCCCUCUCCACUCCUCGCAGUCAUGAUCCCUUGGGUCCUUCUGCUCUUGUGGAUCUCCGGACAUGGGGCGGCGGCCAUGUUUUCCCAGCAGCCACAGGACCUGGUCGUGGUGGCGGGCCAGCCUGUGACGUUACCAUGCAGCAUCCCCGGUUACCAUGGCGUUGUCCUGUGGAUCAAAGAUGGACUGGCGCUGGGAGUUGGCAGAGACCUGGCUGGCUACCCUCGGUACACGGUGAUCGGCGACCACGGUUCAGGGGAGCAUCACCUGCGCAUCCAGCGGGUGGAGCUGAUGGACGACUCGGUGUUUGAGUGCCAGGCCGUCCAGGCCGCCAUGAGGUCCCGUCCCGCCCGCCUCACUGUGCUGGUUCCGCCAGAGGACCCCGUCAUCGGUGGAGGGCCGGUGGUGAGCCUCAGGGCGGGCGACCCACUUAACCUGACCUGCCACGCCGACAACGCCAAGCCGGCAGCCUCCAUCCUCUGGAUCCGCAACGGAGAGGUGCUGAAUGGGGCCAUGUACUCCAAGACGCUGCUGCGGGACGGCAGGCGAGAGAGCACCGUCAGCACGCUGUACCUGCUGCCUUCCAACAUCGAGACGGGCCAGCAGAUCAUCUGCAAGGCCUCCAACAAGGCGGUCCCCAACGGCAAGGAGACCAGCGUCACCAUCGACAUCCAGCAUCUACCACUUGUCAAUCUCUCGGUGGACCCUCAGCCUGUUCUCGAGGGCAACCUUGUGAAAUUCCACUGCUCCGCAAAGGCCAACCCCCCCGUCACACACUACAGGUGAGAUGGUGAAACCAACACCCACAUCGGUGCCAA